AUGGAUAAGGACGUGUGUAAAAAGUUCCAUGAUGUAAGGAAAUGGUUUCCUGAUCAAUUGGACGAUAAGAAAAUGUAUCAAUUUAAAGAUGAUACACAUUUCAAAAAGUAUUGUACUGGUGAUAGGUGUGAUACUGAUUUCGACAAAAUUAAUGCUGGAUGUUUAUAUUUUUUUGAUACAUUCUUUAAGGAUAUUUUGGCGUUUGAGACGGCUGCAAAAAGAAACAUCUAUAUUGUUGAAUACAUUUUGAUAUGGUUAAGUUAUAUGUUAAGCCUAAAAUCACAUGAGGGAAUCACCAAUCUAAAUGAUUUUUAUGAUAAAUAUAUAAAGGAUGGUGAUAAGUAUACUAAUAAUAUAGAUUAUAUUGUUGGUUAUAAUGGAUAUAAGGAUCUUAUAGAUAGCUAUUAUUUUCUUUUAAGUGUGGAUACGAGCAUUAUGUCUAAAUUAUAUGAUGCAUUUAAUACAUUAUGUGACAUGUAUAAUGAGCUUUAUAUAAACAACUCAAAUUGCGCGGAAUAUUCCGAAAAAGCUAAUCAAUUUGUUGAAAAAUGUAAAGGAUUUAACAUAGAUUAUAACACUUCUGAAGAGAUCCCCUAUUUGCAUGUAUUACUUACUUUAUUAGAUGGUUAUGAUAAUUUAAAAAAUAAAUGUAGAGAUUUCCCAUCCAUUCCAGGGGCACCAAACAAAAAUUAUGAAGAUAUUUCUGAAGUUACAUCAAGUUCGUCGAUAGCAAGCAAAUUAAUUCCAAUUUUAUCGAUAUUAGUUGCAAUAGCAAUUUUUUUAGGAAUUUCUUAUAAGUAUUCGCUAUUUGGAUUUCGGAAACGAUUUCAAAAACAAAAAUUAAGAGAAAAGCUAAAAAAUAUAAAGAAGAGAAUGGGUCAUUAA